AUGACACUCGAACUCGUCCGCGCUCAUCCAGGCAGAGAGACGCUCAUCACGAGAUUACACACAUACUGGGCAUCCUCUUCACCACCAUUUGUGCACAUUUACGAUCCCACAACGCCCCAGGACACAAGCCAGAUUAUCCAGACACUGCUCUCUCAGUUACAAGAACAAUCUUCGGUUGUCCUGGAUGCCACGGAAUGUGUGACACCAAAACUCGUCUUUGAUCGAAUCCUCAAUGGCCUCGCAGAAUGGACGCCCGACUGGGAUGCAGGAUCUACAAACUGGGCAUCAAAUGCGUCUGGAGAGAGAUACAACGGCAGUAUAGAUGCGUUUAUUCAUGGACUACGCGUCUUACAUCGAGAAAAGCAAAAGCCCAUGAUCAUCGUAGUCACGCACGCAGAACGCCUCAAGGAAAAUAUUGCAGGAGUUGUCAUCCCAUUGAGUCGGUUACGUGACCUUACCAGCCUUCCAAUUUCUGUCGUCUUUCACUCCCGAACGCCCUGGGAGGAAGUCAGACCGGCUAUUGGGAGUGCCGUGGUUCCAGAGAUUCUUCACAUUUCAGCCCUCGGUCCAGAAGGUGAAGUGGCUACCUCGGCUCAAUAUGCCCAUCGCUCACCCACAAAUCCAGACAUAGUUGCAACCCUCCAACUCCAAUUCGAGCAACUCGUAGACGACUCAAGUCCCAAUCCGUUUCAUUCCAUAUUCAGAGGUCUAUUCAACUCCUAUGUCGAAACCAUCAGUAACACCUCCAUGCCAUCUACCCAGGAUCUAAACGACGUCGGAUACAUAGCCGCCACCCACUGGCCACUAUUCGUCUCGCCACUGAUCAACGACUGGGUCUACUUUAACGAAAUUGGAGAAGAGUACGAGAUACCGAGCGACGCUUCUGGACGUCUCUAUUCCAUGUUUCGACAAUCCAUAGGAUCCAGCAUUCGCCAACUCCACCCACGACAUGUGGACGCCCUGAGCUGGAACGCCAAGUUGCCCCGAGACCUCUUCCAACUGCGACUCUCCCAGGGUGCUAGGAGUACCGCCUCGGCCCGCAAAGAAGACGGAAACACGCAGUUUGCCAAUCUCGUGCGUCUUCCGACGCUGUCUCGGUACAUUUUGGUCGCCUCGUACCUCUGUUCGUUCAACCCGACGCGUAUGGAUGCUCGAAUACUGGGCCAGAUGAGGGAUCCUACAAAAAGAUCUCGAAACACCAAGGCUCGAAAACCUCGUCCGGGGACAGCCCUAAAGAUUGGUAGUAUGCUUUCCGGGCCUGGGUCGUUUGGACAUGACCGGCUUUGGGCGGUCAGUGGCGCACUACUUGAGGUCUUUGGAAGCAAUGAGAACCCUCCCUGGGCCAACUCGUUCACUGCUCCCGGCGCAUUUAGUGAAGAAGAGGUCACAAGAGUGCAUUUUAUUUCCCAGAUUGAGAUGCUAGUCUCCCGUCGACUUCUUAUUCGUUCCAACCAACAGGAAAAGAUAGAAGUACAAGCAAUGUAUAGAUGCGGUAUCACCAUGGAGCAGGCAUCGGCGGUGAGCGAAAGUCUAAGUAUCAAGCUAGGACCAUUGUUACACGAGGAGACGGUUUAA